AUGGCGUCAACUGAGAUAGCGAGGCAAGCGGUGAGUAGCCCAUUUUACACGGGUUUCUAUUUUUAGUAUCAUCGCGUACCUUUCAAACAGUCCUUGUUGUAGUCUGUUAAAUCAAACUGAAAAUACUCGCCCGAGUAUCCGCCUACGAUACCGUAAUUCGAGAAGAUUCCGGCUUCCCUGGUAACGGUAGUCGCCACCCGCUUUAUGUGAUUGUAUUUCACCCCAAAUCAAUGUACCGUCGCUGAAUAAAAGGAGCCAAAGUAAAUGUUUUUAUGCAGAGGAUAUUGUAUUGCAUGUUGUAAUCUGUCAAAUCCUUUCCUAGUAGAACCAGGCCCAUGGCUGCUCAGGCGUUACUGCUCCAUGUUACAACAUUUCAUUUCAGUGUUUAUUUUCGGUUUUAAACGCUCUCAAAUGCAUCCCCUCGAUACUUUCAGAUUAAAUUCAAAUUACACGAGAAUUCAGAGUCGUGUGUAGUAGACUCGUUAUCAGCUUUAUUAGUCGACAGUCUAUUAUUGAGCCAUCUUCAGGCCAUUCAUUCUGAACGCCCCCAUUUCAGCACAGACACGGUGCUCAAGUCAUUUCCGUUAUUUUAUUUCAUGUAAGCCCCGUUAAUUUCCAACCGGGCGUUGUCUGAUAUGUAUUGAGAAUAUGGACGAAACAGGUUCUUGCCGUUUAUAGGCAUUUUGGGCCCUGCAAUUUGAAAAAGCGUGCGUAAAGUUUUCCUGGCUUUUGUUCGGGGGAUGGAAAAGGAAGCCACUACACCCAGAGAGACUGCUCAGAAUAGCAACCUUUUCCAGUUUGAUAUCCCUUUGCGGCUCAAUGAAUGAAAACCCCACUGUGUGUAACUUGGCUAUGAGUGCCUUGAAGUGAAGGAUAGAGUUGAGGAAUGUUACACUUACAGCUGAAGAGGAAAGGCUGUUUGUCCAGUCACAUUACUCCCAGGUUUCCAAAUACUCCCACAGCUGUUUAAACCCAGUUUCAACAAUUCAAAUACUCCACAACUGUCCAGCCCCGUCAACUUGUCUGGUUAUUUUAGAACAGCCCACAAACUGAAUGUUUUCCCUCUCAGAGUCUAUUCCACAUUGAAAAGAGAUGUUGUGUUAUGUUGAGCCACAUAAUGGGUGGUUGGCUGAGGUUUAGCUGGUUGAGAGGCCUUUCUUAGCUGUAUAAUCUAGAUGCUUUUCUUUCCUGCACCUCGUAAAUGUGGACGUACGCUGCAGAGAAGAAAUUCACAGAGAUGGAGAUGGAGAUGGUUGGCAGAAGCCACACGCCCCCACCCACACGCAUGUAAAAACAGUGCUCUAAACACUUGAGAGUUUGCGUCACAGUGAUAUAAAAUCAGACUGCUUACAAACAGUGUCACUGUGGCGUGAAAGUAAGCGAAAUCAGUCAAAAGGAGGAGUUUAAGAGUUCAACUGAGGUGAUACCACGCAAUCACAAAAGACAGCUGCAUUGAAGGGACUCCUCAGUUUCAAAACAAUCAGCAAAUAAAUAUUGUAUUUAUUGUCAAACUCUCUGCUGUUUUCACAUCUUUCUCAAAAUGAACAGCAACAUCUUCCAUAUAUGUACAUUGUGGUUUGUAACUGCCUCGUCUGCGGGUAGAGCGAGACACCAGGAAACAGGAAGAAGGUUGCUCUGUACCUGAAUUCAGUCACAUCGUUGUACAUGAUUAAACAUGGUGGAGAUUUUGGUAAUGUUUUGAUAGGACAGCAUCAUUAAGCUACCGUUUGCAUGUCUGAAAGCAUAUGGGUGGAUAGGUUUGUCAGUGCAUAUCGGUACAUAACACGCAUGACAAUCUUCAUGUUGUUUCUUUUUGUUUUCAGGGUGAAGGUGCACGUGCCGUCCCUCUGGCCGGUCAUGUCGGCUUUGACAGCAUGCCUGACCAGCUGGUCAAUAAGUCCGUAAACCAUGGAUUCUGCUUCAACAUCCUCUGUGUUGGUGAGUGUGUCAUGCGUAAAAAAAAAAGCUUCUUCCUUCCCCCUUGGCUGAAAGACGACUUACUUGCUUCAGUGAAAGUCAGGCUUUCUCACAAGAUGCGAGGCAUGUUGUCGAGCUUUUGCCAGCUUGGUUUCCCUGCAGUAGUCAUGAGGAAGAUGCUUUGGGUUAAAUUAGAAAACACAGACUCAUCUGCUUACAUUUUCUUGAUUAAACUGAUUUAUUUUUAGCAUGAUGGCUGAACACAAAGAGAAUACAAGCUUUUAGAGUCAGACAAUGGUAAACGUGCUUAUACAUGCAGUUUUUACAAACAAAACAAGUCUCUUUAGCUUCAUUAAGCGGAGUUAUUCAUUGGCAUGCUGCAUAUUUAGUUGCCUGUUUGUAAUGUGCACCCACCCAACACUAAUGAAAUCUCACAGACAGAGCAGUGCUGCUGUGAAUUCACAGCUUUAUGAAGGCGAAAGGCUUCAUUAGAGAAGGGUAACUGUUUUAAAGUUACUGUGAGUCAUUAUAUUUCUUUUUGUUUUGCUGAAAGGCCUGAGCUAAUGUUUUUUCACAUUUGUAUUGGUGAGUACUGGCUGGAUAUUAAAACAUUCUGUCUGUUGGCAUUAUUGCAUCACUGCCUGCUGCACAGUCUAAUAGUCCUGGCAGCUUGGGAUCAUCUUGUUGCAGACAAAAACCCAGAGUAACAGUGGGAAUUUGUUAACAAAUACCUGGGAAUGUUCAGCCUUUUUUGUUGUUUUUUACAUUUCCUGAUCGAAUGGCAGGCGUGCCAAAUCUUUGUGUAAAAGUGUAAUUUUGCAAUUUGUUGGAGAUAAAAUAUCUCAUGAAGAUGCUAUGUAACUGUUGUGAAUGACCAGUUCUCAAUUUUGAUGUUGUUUUAUGUCUUUUUAUAGGUCUUGUCACAGUUCAUGCCUCCUUUCCCUUUUGCCAUUUUUAGUGUCAUGGUUUUGGUUUGUGUGCAGGCUGGAAACCUCUGUGUUACACAGCCUUUUUUCAUUUGUGCUGCAUUAGGAGGUUGAAAAGAUCAAUAGUGUGUUUUUCAUCACUUGAACAGUUACAUAAAUAUCAUUCUUACUUCCCUCUUGUGCUGAGACAACCAAGAAUUUAAAACAUGCUAUACAAAUGUUAACAAUAUGGAGGUGAAAUUGGUGCAGGAAACUUUAAACAUCCUUUGAUGCCGUGUUAAAUCGCUGUCAUUUGACUCACAUGCACAGUGCUUUCAAGUUGUACAACACUGAACUCAAGCAAAGGCAUGUGAUUGUGUGCUUCCUCAUGAGUUGAUUGUUAUGGAGGAAUGAAAAAUGCAGAGAUGAACAUUUCCAUUAAGCUAAAACAUGACUGACACUUCUGCACAGGGUUUUUGUUGCGCUUGUUAUGACCCCAGGAGGUUCGACUUGAGUCCUCUCCAGUUUGGCAAACAAGAUUCCAAAUUGCUGAAAGCACGAGGGACUUCUCGGCUUAAACAGAGCUCAGAGACUGGUUAUAGGUGCAGCAGUUUAUCUGGAUUCUAAGGAAAUUAUAAGGAAUUGGGAACCUUGUGAGAUAUCAAAGAGAAAUGCGCUAACAUGAGUGGACUGCAGGUCAGGCUGUGAUGAACAAAAAUAGAGCUUCAUACAGAGAGAGCUCUGUAUCUGAGUCAUCUGACAGCCUCGAACAGUAAUGGACAUCAGACUACAUCUGCAAACAAACAGUGUAUUCUGAUGUUAUUAUGGCUGUUAUCAUUGAAAAAUGAUAUGGUGUGUUUGCAGCAUCCUCAAAAUGUCACAUUUAGUCUCCUCUUACUAAAUUAUGAUUUUUUAGGCUUCCUUUUUGUUCCACUGCAUAAGAGUCAGUGCAGUGUUUAGUGAGAGUGCAUGUCAGAUUAUGACAAAAUGAAAAGGUUCGGUUUAGUAGUCUUUAUAAUGCAUGUACAGUAAAGCUAUGAGGAGAAGAGCUUAGUUUAACGUGUAAAAUUUUCUAUUUUGUUUUGUCAGGUGAGACAGGUCUGGGAAAGUCCACCCUGAUGGACACGCUGUUCAACACCAAGUUCGAAGGCGAGCCCACCCAGCACAGCCAGCCAGGAGUCACGCUUAAAUCCAACACCUAUGAACUUCAGGAGAGUAACGUGCGCCUCAAACUCACUGUUGUAAACACCGUGGGCUUCGGGGACCAAAUAAACAAAGAAGACAGGUAAAGAAGUCUGCUGUGCCUUUGCUGGUCAUAACAACAACAAGUUUGUUUUAUUUAUUUUCCAUCCAGCUCUUUGUCUUUAAAAAUAACAGCAGAAAUCCACCGUUAAUCAGAGUGAUUAAGCUCUUUAUAAUGAGGAGGCUGUGGUUGUUUUGUUUCCACGCUUUGGCCUUUGUUCAGUAUCAGAUUGCCAGUUACAGAGUAAAUAACGUGUCCAUGUAGAUUCUCAUUCAUCUAGGUCAUGGUUAUCUUGAAGACUUAAAAACAGGCAACUGGACUGUGUAGACCUCUACACAGUCCAGUUGCCUGUUUUUAAGUCUUCAAGUAAAUAACGUGGAUUUGUUGCAUUUUGCACCAGCACAUAAUCGUAGCAAUGUAAACCACCGCUGGCAUAAUAUCUGAAAACGAUUAGUCAAGCUUUUUCUUAUAUUUCAGCCGGAUCAUUUUUCCCAUCAGUAUUGUGUCUGUACAAUACUGAUGGAAAGAUUUACUGAAAUUACUCGAUGCACGGACACAAGGUUGUCAGUAUUUUUGAUGCUCUGAUGUUACAUGCUUUGAGAUGACCAUUAAUAGCAAACAUUCCUCCUCUGUCUGUUUUCAGCUACAAACCUAUUGUGGAGUUCAUCGAUGCCCAGUUUGAGGCGUAUUUACAGGAGGAGCUGAAGAUCAAGCGCACGCUACACAGCUAUCACGAUACCCGCAUCCAUGCAUGCCUGUACUUCAUCGCUCCAACGGGACAUUCGCUCAAAUCUUUAGACUUGGUGACGAUGAAGAAGCUUGACAGCAAGGUGAGCUUUAAUAAACUAACAUCAUCCAUAGGCUAUUGAAAUACCCUUAAGCAUGGGUUCCCAGACCUCUUGAGUACGCAGACAGACAAGAGAGGCAAGGGGAUUAUUACGCUUUACGGUAAAAUGUAAACGGCCUGUUUCUAACUUUGGGUCUGUUUGUGAGGAAUGAAACCAAGUUUUAUGUUGCUGUUGUUUUACUUUUGGUUUAAAAACAGCUUCUCACUUCCUUGUGUCUAAUAUCCUCACUGUCCAUGGGCCUUUUCUUGAGCAGCUCCUGUAUACCAAACCUCUUAAUGUUGUCUGUUUCACCGUGUUUUCUCCUCUUUUUGAGUUCUCACCCAAAUUGAAAUGAAAAAGUGUCCUGUCAUAUUCGACAGAAGGUCGACCAUUUACUGGAAACUAAAUAACCAAACACAAUACAGCACUUGCAAUGACAUCCACCCUUUUGGUUCUGACUGAGUUUUUGCUACAUGGUUUGAAACAAUCUAAGUUGAUGCCAGUUCAAAGCCUGGUGGCUGGAGACCCCUGUCCUAAUGCUGAGUUCGAGUUACCAGCGUUUCAGUUACCAAGUCAGAAAAAAGCAAAAUCAGAGGCGGAAACAAGAUGGCUACAAAUCAUUAAAAGGGAGUCUAAAAUAACUUAAAAUAACUAAAAUAAAAAGCGCUAAAACAACUUUUGUAGAUGUAGCCUUCUUGUUUCCGCCUCUGAUUUUGCUUUUUUCCAACUUGGUGCUGGUAACUCGGGUGUGACGUCAUUCCAAGCUCAGACACCUGACUUCCGAGGAAACGCGAAUGCAGCAUAAGGCCUCAGUGGAAUUUCUUUUUGAUGAUGUCAGAUGAGUUACAGAUUCAUUUUCAAAUUUUGUACGAAUUCAAGCUAGUUUUGGGCUUAAACUAGACUUUUUAUUAUUUUCUUGAGUAGCUUUAAGCAGGCAAGAAUCACAGCUAUUGUAACAACAGCAUCUGUAGUGUAAACUGAAAAACUCAGUUGCCCUUCCUGCAGCAGAACAAUGUAAAAGUAUAGCUGUUAUAUAAUGCCUUUCAGCUUGAGCAGGCAAACUGUGGCACGUCGUAGAUAUCUCGUACUGGAGGUUAACACUAUGAUACUGUGUGCACCAUUUGAUCUCUCUACUCUAGUCACGGGCCGUAAACCUUUUCUAGGCCAUCUGCAGCAUGCAAAGUGGCUCCGGUCUCGUUUCUGCGUUGGUGUAGGUCAGCUGUGAAAUGCAGUCGGCUCGGUUACUGCUGCCUCAUUUUUUUUCUUUUUUGUGAGGUCCCCACCACAGCAGCUCAUUUGCAUGGACCCCCUGGCUUUUGUACAAAGAGUCUGCUCAGUGUUUGCCAGAGCAGCUGUGCCCUCUGGCAGCAGCUCACAACAAUUUCAUCCAGAGCAGAGCCUCCUCUGUUUACACAUUCACCUGGGGGGUGCAUUCGAAGACUCGGUCUGCUGAAGCUCCCAUGAGCAAGACACUGAAUCGUCAUCCGAUUCACAUGAUUCUCAACCAUGCUAGGAAUAGCAGCCCUCCAGCUAACAGUAAAUGAGUUUUGAAUGUGUAGGCAACAGGAAAUACAGGAACUACAGUAGAUGUGUGGGAGUAACAGUCUCAUUUAUCACCAGUCAGUUCUCUGUGCAUUUAUGACCCCUGCUGCUGUUUCCUGCUCAUAUCUCUGUUUUCCUUCUUUGUUAUGUUAACAUUGAUUGUGUUCAUUUUGUUGGAAACCUUGUGUGCCUAUUGACAGACUUUUGGAGAGCUUUUAAGGGAUUUAAGUCCUGCUGCUUUUGAGGCAUGUACUAUUUAUAUCUUUGUGCCUGAGAAUGUGUAAUUGGCUGCAAUGCACAAAAAGUCUGACUUGCAGAGAUCCUGUACUUUGGAGAGCCGCUGUGUUAUGAAAAAAUGAAGUCACAAUAGCAUUUAGUUUCUUUUGUUUUAAUCUAUUUCAAGUUAUUUUGACAGUGUUAAAAAUGAUAACAAGCAGGAGUAUACGACGCUUUAGCUGUAUUCAACUCUGUUAUUUUACCUGUCAGGUUUGAGCUUUGAUUUGUGAUAGACAAGAGACCAAAGCAAGGAGACUCUACCAAUGUGAAACAGGGUCAGUGCUGCUCUUUAUUUCGCUUUGUAUCUAAUAGCAUCGCCUGCACAUUGUCAUUUUCCCUGUGUCUCAUUCUGCAGGUCAACAUUAUUCCAAUCAUCGCCAAGUCAGAUGCCAUCUCCAAGAGCGAACUGGCCAAGUUCAAAAUCAAAAUUACCAGUGAGCUGGUCAGCAACGGAGUACAGAUCUACCAGUUUCCCACUGAUGAUGAGUCCGUGGCUGAGAUCAACUCCACCAUGAAUGUAAGGGGAAGUUUGUUUAUUUUCGAAAUAAGGUGCAUGGUUGUGCUCAUGUAUGAGGCACAUUCCUCAUUCCUAAGUUUUAACCUAAACUCUGCCAUGUGUUACAAGUGUAAACAACAUGUGAUGUAGGGAGCAAAUACAGGCAUUGUCUGUGACUGCUCGGGCUGUUAGGAAGCUGCUCCAUGCAGCGAGGAGUUUGCUCAGAACGGCACGAUCAACCAGUUCACUCUACAGGAAGUCUGCGGUGUGGGGAAAAAGCCUGUGCUCACUGACAGAUGAGCCAAGGCUCACUUAACUCUUAAUGAGGUCUGAUCUGUGGAAAUGCCUAAAUCAGCCUGACUGAUUGUGUUAGGCCGCCUGUUGUUGUACUGUCUGUCCACAAAUUUCGUUUUGAUAAAAGGUUGUACAUCCUCUGAAUUUUUUCACCUAUUUUUUUUCUAAAUAACCCUAAUAAAUUGGAAAUGAUUGAGAGAUGAGAGAGGGCUACAUCCUGGAACCUCAUGUGGAUAAAAUGCUUACAGUGAUAAUACCUUUGAAUGGUUGAGUAGUGAAUGUACCAGCACUGGAGAACUGUAUACAGGACAUUUUAGGAAGGGGUAUUGAGGAGACUCUGCAGAGCUGUCAGGUGUGUUUGGAUGUAUACCAAUGUUAUCUUCCCUCUACUCCACAGAGCCACUUGCCAUUCGCUGUAGUGGGGAGCACAGAGGAAGUAAAGAUUGGAAACAAGAUGGUGAAGGCCCGGCAGUACCCCUGGGGAACCGUUCAGGGUAAGGCGAGGUCACAUCCUGUUCAGGAAAUGAGAACACCCUCCCUCACGCCAGAGCCGCUUCUCCCUCUCCUCAUAUCCCUCCUCAGCUGCAUCAGCGGCCGCAAACAAACUGAUAACCAGUUAUAUAACCUCAGUCAGGAGCAGCCAUCGUACUGUCUGUGUGCUGUAGUAACCCUUAGCUUGUACAUAUUUGGAAAUAUUACGUCACUGGCACUGAUUCAGAUCUAUUGACUUAAUUUAUUGAUCUGUAAUGUUUCCCGAGUAGAUGACACACUCAGUUCUCACAGUGUAGCAGUAACAAAGUAACAAAGAUAAAUGCUCUGAUUUGAAGCUUUUUGAUACUUUUCCAGCUUUAAACUGCACAGUUUAAACCAUAUGGUGUCUUUGUUAUUAUAGUGCGUGUCUGUUUGUGUGGGUGUUUAUUUGGGGUUUGCCAGGUCUUGGCUCAGCACCCAGCUUAAAUUCAGUAAACGUGAAGGUGUGAAAAGACUUGGGCUGGUUUUGUGUAGGACUGCAUCUUACAGUUUUCGUAAUGUUGAUUUUGAUGCAUACUUUUCUAUUGAGGAACUUAAAUUAGUGUACAUUGCUCAUUCAGUUUUUUUUAAAGAAUGUUUAACUUCAGAGAAGCCAGAAAAAGUUUUUUUUUUUUUUUUUUUUGCUUAAUAGAAAACUUACAUAGAGAAGUAAUCAUUAGUACAGUUAUUUUUGGGGAAUAGAUUGCUUCUCUGUUUUGUUCAUCAAAAACUGUUUUUAAAGCGGGGAUGUUGCCUCUGACUUUGCUUGGGUAGAUUGAAUUUCAGCUUGCCUACAACCAAACUUAGUGAUCUUUGGAGAUACUGUUCCCUCUUUUUAUGAAAUUUGUUCCCCCGGGGAAGGAAGGCCUAGGAUUUCAACAGUAUUUUCCCAAUUUGAGCACCCUACAACAUCCCUAAAGAUAAAACCUAAAACCUGAGUUAUUGCAUCAUAUGAAAUCCGAGGUAGUGGAGUUCAGCCAGCACAAUGAGAAAAACCCAGCUCUGUCCCAAAGCUAAGAGAUGGCUCUGUAUAAUAUUUCUGUCCUGAGGCUUCAUCUAAAAUUGGUGCAUGAGUACUCACAUGACUCUUGGCAGUGUGGCGCAUCACUGUGCCCACUAACAGAAUCAAUAGACAGGCCACAGGAGUCAGGACAUGAACACUAUUCUGUGCUGAACUGUGUAUGAUAACACAGCUGUGAAAAACUCUCAUGUAAAAUAUUUAAAUUUAAUAGUAUAAAUGUCUGUUAUGUACACUUACUACACCCUCCAUACUCCUCAAUGAGGGGGAUGUCAUCUGAUGUGUCUCUUUGUUCUGUCUCUUGCAGUUGAAAAUGAGAAUCACUGUGACUUUGUGAAGCUUCGAGAAAUGCUGAUUAGAGUUAACAUGGAGGACCUCCGAGAACAGACCCACACACGCCACUAUGAGCUUUACCGCCGCUGCAAACUGGAGGAGAUGGGCUUCAAGGAUACAGAUCCUGACAGCAAGCCUUUUAGGUAGUGAACUAAAAGCUGGAAAUACUCCCAACUGUAGCUGUGUCUUCCUGCGCUGCACUGACCUUUUUAUUCGAUACAGUUAGGGCUGGGGCGAUUGAUAAUAAUAAUCAAUAAUCAAUAAAUUAGUCGAAAGAUUUGUCGGCUAAUCGAAAAAAUAAUCGUUAGAUUAAUCGAUAGGAAAACAAUCGUUACAAUCCAGCAUCAGUUUGAGUUUGUGUUGUCUUGUUAGUCAUUGUUUUCUCCAUUGUCAUUUUUCCACUGCCAGUCUUCAGGAGACCUAUGAGGCAAAGAGGAACGAAUUCAUGGGUGAGCUUCAAAAAAAGGAGGAGGAAAUGAGGCAGAUGUUCGUUCAGAGAGUCAAAGAGAAGGAGGCUGAACUCAAAGAAGCAGAGAAAGAGGUAUCAUCACCCGAGUCCUUCACAAACCGUCCUGUAAGGAAGUUCACUCUCUUGAUUUGACUCGGUAAAGCAAGUUCUUCUGCUGUUUCUGCACAGUUGCAUGAGAAGUUUGACCGAUUGAAGAAGCUCCACCAGGACGAGAAAAAGAAGCUGGAGGAGAAGAAAAAGUCCCUCGACGACGAGCUGAACAUGUUCAAACAGAAAAAGACUGCCGCAGAGCUCUUGCAGAACCAGGCCCAGCAGGCAGGAGGCUCCACCACGCUCAAGAGGGACAAAGAAAGGAAAAAGUAAGUAUUGUUUUCUCUUUCCCAUGGUGCGCUUUCUUCCUUCCAUGUCCGUCCUCAUGUCACAGGUCCAAGAGACGACCUCCAGUUGCAUCAGGACUGGGAAAGUCCGGAUAAUGUGGGAGGAACAAGGCUCUAUAGUGGUCUCUAUUUAGAGAUUUGUGUUACAGUUUCGUACACAAACAUUGCCAAUAAGUGAUGUUAUUUAUAGGUUUAUUCUGACACAAUACGAAUCCCUCAGCAUUCUUUCCAUGACGCAAAAGUCUAGAAAAACAGAACCUAUUGUUGCUCUGUGUUUAUUGUUGCUCUAAUAUUAUGAAACCCUUAAUAAGAUCACUAAUAAUCCACCUGAUAUCUUUUAAAGAUUAAUCCACUCUACAGCAAAAGGCUUUGCAAACGCCCACUAGCUUUUUCAGACUCUCAAUUAGAGACCAAUAAAUGCUCCGCUCUGCUCUUCACAUAGAAAACAAAGAACGUGUGAAGAGCUGACCAGAAUUUAUAAUUAAUCCCAGAUGUGGAAAAAUAAGAGGAGCAGAGAGGGAGAAAAUGAUUAACUGCUAACCUCAUCAAAAUAGUUGAACCGUUUCCAAAUGUCUGGAAACAUCACACAGGAUGGCCAAGCAAAAACUCAUCAUGAAAUUAAAUACCCAUUUGUGUAAACAACUCUUUUGCAACCCUGUUAACAAUUAUUAGUUACUCCCAUAAUGUAUUACAGAUCAUAACCGUCUUAGUUGCCUCAUGAAAAGGAUUUGAUAGUUUUCCUCUAUCCUGUUAUUCCUGCUUUUGUCCCAGUGGCCACUCCUCUGAUUUGACUCAAUCAACAGUUUGAACUCCCACCCACUCCUUUUAAAUCUUGCUAUCAUUAAGUUCCCCCCCACCCCAAAUAUUUUAGAUCACUCGAUUAAAACCACAAGGCUUUUCUCCACAACAUGUCAUAAGGGUAUUUGAGUAACUGUGUUGUGUUAAAAUGAUUGGUCCCUUCAUGCUGGUUAAUGGACUCCUGGUUUUGUGUUGAAGCUGAUGUGACGCCGUGCCUCUUAGAAAAGGAAGAAGACACUUGCACUGAGAAGGUCCUUGUUGCUUUAUUUUUCUCCCCUAUUAAUGUCCUUCCUUCACAGCCACUUCUUCUCUUUUCGUGAACUCUGCCUGGAUCAUUUCUCUCUCGAAAGGAGCAGCAGCGCAGCAUCUUUAGCUUUGUCUUUGGGUCACUGAUUGAAAACAUCUGCAGCAGUUGCUCUUUGGUUGAUAAAAACAGUCUGGACUGAGCUAACUUAUCACUUUUAUAUUUAGUAAAUCAACUUCUAACUUCUCCAUACACACAGGAUCUACAUUAGUUAUUAUAACAGAGUUCAAUCAGUAUUUUUCCAGUUCCCAGAAGACACAGCUACAGAUAACUGCUUGUUGUUUGUGAGAUCUGGAUUUGUCCUGUAAAUGCAUGUGUCACCUAUGUUGCAUCCAUAAUGUUUUCCAGUUAACUCCUUCACCCACACUUGCUGCAUGCUGCAUGAGGCACCUUAUCUGGUAAGACCCCCUCUUGAGUUACACCACAGACAAUCUGAAAAAUCAAAUGACAAAUGGUUUUUACAUCUACACAGCUAAAGUUAGUUACAAACUUCAAUCCAGAUCAGAAUGAAGUUGUAAAAUGAGGAAAGCGCCUUAAUUUGACUGAAUUUUUAACCCAUCUACACUGAGCAAACAAUAAUGUGUCUGCAUCUUCACAGUUACUUUUGUAGUAGCUUUGAUAUCCAAAUUCACACACAUGUAAAACCUCAAGAGUUAUUAAAAUGUGACAUUUAUAAGAUUUACAAGUGUUGCAGGUCUUAAGCAACAUCUGUGGCAAUCAUAUCCUUGAGCUGGCAGUGUUUACCGCCUUUGUGCCAGCGUUUAAAUCAACUGGUUUAUUAGCUCCCCACACACCCAUUUGAUAUCAUCCCAUCUGCCUUCCUAAAUCCACAACAGUCCCUUUUUAUUGUAGCCCUCUGAAAGUGCCUCCCCACAUGGCCCCGUAGACACACAAAGAGCACAUUCAAGGCAGGACUGAGACAAACAGGUCACUCUAGAGCAGCAAACAGCCUCAGGGCCCAUCUCUGUUCAUACAGAUGACAUGUUUUGUUGAUAUCCCGACCAUAUGACCACCCCUCCCCCUCCUCAAUCUUGAGUUGAUAUAAGAGCCAAAUCCAGAGAGAGAGGCGUUGUUAAGGCUGGAUCGCUGGGGAAAGAAGAUGUGAAAGAAGACAUCUGUCUCACAAUCUGUAAACUCCUCAAGUAGUUUGAGACUAUUUAAAUAGAUGAAAACAAACUGCUUUUUAAAGAGCAAGACGCUGAACAACAAAGACGACAUUCACACUGUUAAGACUCUGUAACUUUGUUGGAAUGGCUGUUGCCAGUCUUAAGGUCCUUACACACCGGGAACAACGCAAAUAUACAACGCGAAAUUACGAAAUAUUCGUGGGGUGAAUUUUGACACACCUGACAGGUCAAGCGCGAUGCGAUUUUGUGACUUUCCAGGGGAAAAAAGACGCAUCCUGGGUGGAAGCGAGAAGACUGACACAACAGUAGACUGACUGUUUUUCAGUUCUGAUUAGACACUAGUGUUGAGAUGACUGUCUGUCAUGAUAGCAUGUACUGAGUUGGGGCCAGUACCAGAUAAGCACAUUGAACUAUUAUCCAUAAACUUAAAGUAACAACCGAGACCUAAUGGUGCUGUGACAGCAACGCGAUUGAGUUUGAAGAAGUGAAAAUACAUAUGGUAUGUUGUAUCUGAACAGGUUAGCUUACGAGCUAAAGUUACUUAGCACAGAUGAAAGUUAAAACAAAGACGUUUAGCAAACUGUUAAAGCACACAAACCAUCGUCAUAUGAGAAAUCCAACGCUGUGACUCUCCAAAAGUUAUCCUUCAGGUCGUUAUCUUUGUAAUAUUUGUGUUUUUUAUCAAAAAGCACUCUGUUCUCCGACACGUAAACAAUCAGCCAGUCGGCCACAUUGGAUAUAUAAGUCUUAGAUGACUAAAAUGUGACGAGACGAAUGUGCGUUUACGUUGACAAGACUAGACGAAAACGUUAGUGGUGGACGACGAACAGAGUUGAAAAAUUCAUGGGCAUUUCAUCAGUCAAAUGCUAAACAUAUAUUCUGCAGUGUUGUUUUUGUUGUCGAUGACGUUGACGAAAUAUUUUUCGUCAAUGUCAUCGUCAACGAAAAUAACACUGCCACACAGUAUGCGAAACUUUAGAAAAUUCGACCAUCAUACGAAAAAAAUAAAUGCCGCAAUAUCGCAGGACGGGAAAAAGUUGCUGAUGUGAAUGCUUGUAUUGACAAGAUACGGGUUCGAAAAAAAUAUUGAGGUCCAAAAUAAUCGCAUGAAAAUAAAUAACCCUCCCAGUGUGUAAGGACCUUAAGUCUAGAAAUUUGUCCAAUCAGGAAAGCUUCAAUGGAAUUGAUCUUCAUCCUGACCAACAACAUCUCUGACUAUCUGACACUCAGGGGCGGGACCAAACCUCUAAAAAUAUAUGAAUGUGUCCAAGAUUAACACAAAUAUAUUUGAACUCCUAACAUCUAAACACUUGAUCCUUUAAAGCACCGUCUCCUUUAAAUGCCAUCUCGUCACUAAUGUUAAUGUGAUGUCACAGAUAUGAAACAGUGCGUGCAUGUGUGUGUAUGUAGUAAUGAUGUUUUAACUCAAAAGAAAGCAAUAACAGCCCUUCUCUUUCAUUUCCAGCUGAGGGUUCCUGUAGAAAAAAGUGCUCCCUUGUGGCCCGCCUGCUGUGAAUGAGUUUCAUCCUCAUCAUCCUUUUUUUACAGUACCCUUUCCCCACCCUCGCCCUCACCCUACCUCCACCCCCAUAGACCAACCCUUCACACGCCCUCCACCCUGCUCUCUGGAAGACGCUGGGCUAGUAUAGUUUGACUGAAUUUUUUUUUCCCACGCUGAAUGAUGCUUGUCUUUGAAAUUGUUGGUACAAGCUAUUAUUCAGCUUUUCUUUGUGUUGAAAUUUCUUUAAAAUGCAUUCCAUAUUUGUUUAAUAUUCAAUAAUUCUUUGCAUGUUUGAGUGAGCCUUUUUUUAAAUAUUAACAUACAUGACCACUGUUGUGAUGAGCAGAAAUGUAUCAAGGGUAAAGUAAAACACGCAUCAGACACUGGUCCAGUGUGUUUACAAGUGUGGGCGAAGAUCUGCAGCACAUUAAAGAAGUAGGAUUGAAGACAAAUGUGGACUGGUUUACAAUCUCAGCUGAGUGAGUGGUGCACAAAGUAGAUCCAGAUUCAGAUCAAAGUGAUUCUCAAGACUUUCUCGUUCUCAAAUUUAGAAGUAAAAAGUUCAUGAAAACGGCAAUAACCAACAUGUUUGUCGGUGUUGUCGUUGUUGAGUUAGUUUGUCAGUUUAAAGUUAUCGGUUUUUUUUACAUGAGGUUUUUAGUUACAGCAGACUUGUCUGUGACUGCUUCAGAAUAAAAGGAGGCUUGUUAAACGUUUUUAAUGUGAAGCAGCUGAAGAACAAGGAGAGGUUGGGAUAAGAUUUUAUAGCUGUAGUACAACUCUUGAAGUAUUAAAAGUAAAAAUACAGUGUAGUGGUUUACAUGCAUGCAAUUUGAUAAGUUCAGGUUGGUAAAAUAAACCCUUUUAUUAAUGACGAAUGGUUACAGAAUGUAAGGACGUGCUGAAUGUAAAUACGUUUUUAAGAACUUUAAAUUGACCCCCAACAAAAUGCCAAAAAUGAGGAUCUGAUAUCUUAAUGAGUGAUCAUUUCUGUGCCACAUUCACCUUAAAACUUCAUCUGGACCUGUGUUAAUGUCUCGAUGAUGCUGUUUCACUAUAGCCUGAUGCAUGAGCAGUUGUGAGCCUAAUCUCUUUACCACUCCUCCCAUACCUCAUUCAUUGUCAUGUGUUGUGUGCAAACUUGUCCUAGCUUUCACAUUUGCACUUUUUUAUAUAAACAAAUGUGAUUUUUCUCAUUAAGUAUCUAAAAUGUUGUCAGUGCAAUUGUAACUUUCCUUUUUGAUGUUUCACUUAAAAUGAAGGCACAUCUGAAAGUCAACGUGAUGUCAAUUGUCCCACAGGGUCCUGUGUUGGUUGUAUCAGUGUUAUCGCAAAAAAAGAAAACAUUAUUUCAACAAAUAAAGGCCAAUUUUUUCACCAAAUACUGCAACUGUGGCCAUAAUCAUUGUGUAUAACGACUAGGUGCUGAUGGGGAAAGCGGGUCUGCUUGGUUUGCAUGGGAAAGAGUGUCAGUUGGAGUGAAUAUUGAUGCUGUAAUGGAGUUCUCUGAAUCUAAAUCUGUGUUUGUGGAUCUCAUGGUUAAGAUUUAUGUUGCUGCUUUUUCAUAUCGGGUUGAUUGUCCUCUGACUUACAGGUCAUCUUUUGACCCGACUUAAUCCUUCAUUUUUUUUAUAACCAAUUCAAGGUUCAAGGGUGCAUUAAUUGCCUCAGUGGAAGAGAAAAUGUGUGUGGAGUAAAGAAAUAAAAAAACCUUAAUUCCUCAUGACACCCGGGUCAAAACAUCAUAAGAAAAGCCUUCCCCUCUUUCCUUUACCCUCGCUUACUGGUCUAUGUGAUUUCACUUUCCUUUGCAGUAAUCCCUGGCUCUGCACUGAGUAGGUCCUCAGCCAACCAGCUCUUUGUGGGUACUGAGUACCUCAAAUGUGACCAGAGGCUUUAUGGACCCCCUCAUCCUUCAGGGUUUUUUAAUCAUUACCUGCUUUGCUGUAACAGAGAUCAUUGUUUAUCUGCUGCAACUCUAACCUCACCCUCUGCAGCUUAAGUCUUACUGUUGCCUCUGCUUGUGUUUAUUUGUGCACUGUUUUUUCCCAUUGUCAUAACUAACAUAUUUUCUACUCACUGUUGAUGGAAAGUAUGGAAGCACUUUUUGUUUACAAUAUAUUUGGGAGGUACACAAGACAAUCAUAUGGACUUGUACCACUACGUUGCAGCUUCGUCACUCAGUAUUGACAAAUUAUUUUUAUGCUUUAUGUAUUGCUAAACAACUUUGAUAACAGGGCUAUUGGUGCUUAACUCUGUCUGCCCACAUCUCUUUUCAGAUGCACUUCUAAACCUCAAGCUUGACUUUUUUGAAAGUGUUUCUGCUUUGCCACCUCUCCUCUAACUGCCUGCUUUUUCUCUCUUUGUCUCUUUAGCUUCUUUUAAUCUGUCUUGACCACCUGAAGAGGGGAUUGCAGCUUUGGCAAGAACUAAGCACCCUUUACCUCUUCCUGUUUUAUCUUGCUGUUUUGAAUCCUUUUUUAUUCUCCCUAUGGCAUCCCUCCUUUUUUUUGUUGAUUAUGGCCUUAUGUGGACUCGCAUGGUAUUUCCGACCACCUUACAAAGCUCCAAACCCAGGCAGGGUGGGGAACUGGGCACAGUCUAAAUCUGCUUUAAUGUCUUAAUGUAAAUAAGGAGACUCUUGAAGUAAGUAGAUGUCAUCUGUUGGGGCCUACACAUCUUUAGGACUCAUUUAGGAAAUCAUUAUUUGAUCUUUACUUGAAGCAAAAUAGCAAUGACCUGCACUAUGCACUCAUCUUUUCAAAAUGACUGAACAGAAGUUAGAAUAAAUCAACAUUACUCAAACAUCUAGGUUUGCUGACUAAAAAAAAUCAUCAAGGACAGAAGCACUUAAUGUGAAGUUAGUACCCACGCUUUUUAAAGUACAGGUAGGAAUAAAAUCUGCAAAAUUAAUCAAGUCAUAAUCAUCCAAAUGCCAAAGCAAUAUUUUCUACUUCGCACUUCAUUUGAUGGUGCCCGUGUUUACGUGUCACCGUUGAAUACCAUGGAGGUCACAUGUAAUGGCCUUUUAUUACACAUUGUGCUUUAAAAUUCGCCAGCCUAUUCUAUAUUUUGCAUGCAUCUUUUUACUUAAUUGCAGCUGUGAUCUUCGACCUGCUUGUUUUUUUUUUUUAUCCCCAAUAACUGAUUUGCAACCUGUUUCAACAUCACUGUUGUUUUCUUCAAAUGGUGCAUACCAGUAAUGUUAUUAUUCAUGUAUAUUUGCUCUGUCCUUUGAUUUCAGCUCCCUUUUUGCCAAAUAUUAGUACAAGGUGGAGUUGAUCUGAAUCCCAGAUAGGAGUAUGAAAAAAUAAGAAAAUAGUCAUGCAUUUAUAUAAUUUAUAAGGAUAUAUUUUGUGUAUUGAAGUGGAGACUUGUUGUUUAUUACCUAUGAUCUUUGGACGUGACUCUGAGUGUAAAGUAACAUUUUGGUGUCAGAAAAUGCCAUACAUUUUUUCUAGUGUCCGCCAUCACCUCUUGUAGUCAAACUCUUUCCCACACCACAAAUUACUCAGUAUCUUACUUAAGUUUAAUUUCAUUGAUGUACAUUUUCAAUAAAAAAAAAUUAUCUAAACACAUGAUGCUUCUGUCUUUAUUCCCAUGUUAUUACCUUAAUAUCAAUGGUCUAAUUUCAUAUGUCCUCAUCUGUAAAGCCAUGCUGUAAAGGGCUGUGAUCUGCAUUUGCUUCAAAACCUUUUAAUAAAAUGAGAGUGUUUCAACAUGAGAUGUUUAUUGCAUUAUUACAUUAAAGGGAUAUUCCGGCAUAAGAUUAAGUUAGGGUCAAGCAAACUGUAAUACCGAGUUAGACACAGCGUUUAAAGAUGAAUGUUGCUGACCGCUUGCUUCUCCGGUUAUACCAACUUCAGUAACGACCGCAUGAUAGCAGUACAGAGAGCCACGUGCUCAACCAAAAAGCCACUCUAUAGCCACAAAUAAUGCUCAGAACAGCACCUAACUUCAUCAACAGUACAUAUAGGGUCCCAGCCACAGCACUAACCACCAAACAUCUUUUUAACUUUGCCUGAUUUCUUUAGCAAAGAGACUAAACACAACUCACCUAUUCUCUUCCAGCAGCAGCAGCUUGUUUGUACAGAGACCUCCGGGCGAGUCCACCGACUACAGCAGGGUGAUGCAGCUCAAGGAAGAACAUUUAUGAUCAUUACUUUAUUAUUUCCUUCAAGUAAUAAUCAUCCUUUAAUCAUUUUGCACCACAGACUCAGUAGUUCUUCUGCCUUAACGUCUGGUCUGAUUGCAUUUUCAUGAGGAACUGAUCAUAAAUGUUCUUCCUUGAGCUGUGUCACUCCGCAAGGAGGUCUCCGUACAAACAAGAGGCUGCUGGAAGAGAGUGGUUGAGUCUCUUUGCUAAAGAAAUCAGGCAAAGCUAAAAGAUGUUUGGUGGCUAGUGCUAUGGCUGGAACCCUAUAUGUACUGUUGAUGAAGUUAGGUGCUGUUCUGAGCAUUAUUUGUGGCUAUAGCGUGGCGUUUUGGCUGUGCGCAUGGCUCUCUGUAUUGCCAUUGUGCGGUCGCUAAUAAAGUUGAUAUAACUAGAGAAGCAAGUGGCAACAUUCAUCUCUUGAGGGGGUGUCUAAGUUGGAGUUGGGUUGUGACAGUUACAUAAUUUUACGCCAGAAUAUCCCUUUAAAAGAGCCAAAAAAUAUAAAAAGUUCCUUUAAAAUGAUAAAAAGAUAAGUAGCUAACUAUAUAAAAGAACACGAAGCUAGCAAUAAAAUUACACAAGUGUAAGCCAACAUUUUUGUGCAUAAAGUCAAUGUGUUAUAUCCAUGAAUUGAUAAAACGGUUAGUUAGUACAUCCACAAAUCUUAAUGUUAAUGAUAAUUAUGACAUUAAAUCAGUUUUUGAGUAUUUUUAAUUAUUUUACUCGUUAAACUGAUUUGAACUAUGAUCUGUGAAGACUGUAUAAACUUGAGGUCUAAAGGAGCGCCAUCUGACGUACUCGGACUGUCUGGCUGCAAAGCAUUGUGGGUCGAUGCGGUGUCAGACGCCAUGAUUUUUUGCUGUAGCUGCACUAGAAAAUGGAUGCUUCAUGCUAACCAGUUAGUUGAAUGGGCUGACUUCGACACACUGUUAAGUUACCGUUGCCGUUCGGGUGUUCAGUUAAACAGGUCCGAACGUAACUACGUACUAUUUCCUGGGCGAUAUCGCAUGGUAACUUCUGGAAAAGAUUUUAGUUGAUGAAACAGAACUAGGUUAGCAGGAUAGCAGGCUAAUGUUAGGCUAGAGGCUAGUAAGAAAAUGAUCAUUGACUGAAUAAAACUCGUCGUCUCUUACCCAGAUUGACGAACAGUGGUUUAAAUCGGAUCCAGGGCUACACCACAAGGUAAGAUUAUAACACAGUUGAAAAAGUACAGAUAUAAGAUAUUAUUGAGAAGCUUUAACGUGUUUUCUUGUAAGAGACGGACCCCCACCGGCCUACUGCGUCACUCUGUCCCGGCCUUGUUUUGGUGCUGAAAACAGACAAUUAAUCGCAUUUGAUCACGUUUUAAUCCAAAAUUUAAUAAGCUAAUGCAAUAUUUCACCCUAGCACUAACUUUUUAACACGUGUACUGUACGCCGUGGACAGGUAGUGUUUGUUUUGAGGGAUUGUUUACCGGCUCUGUAGGCAGCAUGGACGCCUCUGUGAUAAUGUGUUUUUUUCGUACAUAUUAUUUUAACCAUUCAAGUCUUGGCUGACUUUUCUUUAUCAAAGGUAUGGCCCGGCUAUAAAGAGGACCGUGCAGGUGAUGGAAGAAGGGACUGAUACUGGCGACAUGCCCUCCUUUGACUCAAGUCCUACUUCUGAAGCCAAAAAGAGACCUAUUUCUUCUGAUGGGAGUAAGUGUUGAUCAUUUAUGUCCACAACUAAUGUUGUCACAGUAAUAAUAUAUUGUCUAAAUAUCUUCAAGUAUCAUGAAAAAAAACAGAAAUGUAAACUGAUAAUUCAAUACCUUGGAAAUGGAGUUGUACAAGUUCCCAGUCAACAGCAAAUGUGCAAACAAAUAGGCUCUUUGAUGACAAAGUAAAGCUCUGACGAAUUCACUUUAUACCAAGAAUAGGCUAAAAUCAUCUGAGCUGGUUGUAGUGUUGGCUUAUAGUGGCUGGUUUCUGUACAAACUGGCUCAGCUGACUCUUGAUUCCCUGGAGUAGUACGCUUGACAAAUACCUCAUACAAUCCAACUCCAAAAUAUACGGGACUGCCCCUUUUUAUGAGGUUGUUGUUUUUUUAUGGAGGACACAACCAACAUGCAUCCAUACAUAUCCAUACAUUCUGUGUACUCUGUUUUCUUGUGAUGAAGAGAGAAUCCUUAAUAUCAGAUGAUCAUAAUUCAGAUCCUUAGAGCUGCAGAAGCAUGAUAUAAACCACCUCAAGUGUGAGCAAUGGCAUCAUGCCAUGUUGUAGCAUGACCUAUAGCAAUGACAGCCUGUUGUUCACCAUAUAAUUAUUUACAUCAGCCUUUUUUAAAAGGUUAUUGAGUUCAAUUUUCUUAGUACUAAAGGGAGGAUGGGCUUUGCCUUUGUUAAACUGGGAUGAAAAAAAGUCAUGCUCUUAAAAAAGUCUGUUAUUACUUUAAAAUGGAGUAAAUUAAGUGUUUGGAUAAACUUUUAUUGUAUUUCUGUACAUAUUCCUUCACUGUUAGUUUGAUAGAAGAAGAAAUGAUGUGAACACACCUUUAUCCAUUUUAAUUUAAGAUUUUUAGACUCUCCUGCUUAGUAAACUCGAAAUGAAAUCACAUUUUAAAAUCAGACUAGUUGGGCUUUCUGCUGAGCUCACUUUUGAAACUAUUGUUUAUUUAGUCAGAGUCAUAUUACAUGUGUUUUCUGAGUUCCUAACUGUACAUCUGUGUCAUUAUAUUGUAGGAGAGGAGCCCAUGAGGAAAAUGCCUGUUUCAAAAUUUGGUCCUAGACCUCGAUUUGAGCCUGUACACUUUGUCAGUGGUGGAAGCAGUGGGGGUAACGGUGCUGAUGAGAAAGAGAACGACAAGGAAGGCAAGAGGGGUGAGCUGUACGGUGCGAGAGAGUGGGAGUCUGAACAUAAUUCCCAUGGCAGCACCGGCAGAGCGCAGAGCUCCUCCUCCUUGAGGCCUGUUUUUGACAGAGUGCCAUCUUACAGUUCUGACUCUUGGGGUUCCCAUAGGGACAGGGAUCGAGACAGAGAUAGGGACAGAGAGAUUUUUCCUGGUGGUACAAGUGGGUUGGGUUAUGGAGGAUAUGGUUCAAGUACAAACUUCAUGGCUAAAACACAGCUGGACUACACAGCCAAGUAUGAAGCCCACGGCUCUCGAAAUGCAUCUACAUAUAAUCAGACCAGCAGAUACAAUGGCUAUGGCGGAGGAAGUAGAUCGGGAGGCUGGGAUUCAGGGCGUCAGGGUUUGGGGUACAGUCAUCAGGAUCGUCCCUCAUCAAGCAGUCCAUUCUGCAGAGUCUACAACAGUCCCGGAAGGAGCAGUCCUUCCACUUCUCAGUCGGGCUCUACAUCACAGUCUGUACCCAUUUCUCAGUUAGUGUUAGAUGAGAAACAAAGACUGAUAGCUAGUGUAGCAUCUACACUAGCUUUUGCUUUAAGGGACCCUAUGUUCAUAACGGGAAGUGACACGCCGAACUAUAACUUCAUGCUAAGCCGCAGUAUUCAAGCCUGCAAGACUAAUCCUGAGUAUAUUUAUGUCAACUUAAAGGAUAUUCCUUUGGCUGACCUACCCAAGAACAGAAAAGUGCCAACUGACGGUUAUGCCUGUGAACUGAGAUGUCAGGGUGUUUAUCUUGCUACCGGAUACUCUGGGAGUAAAAACGGGGCAAGGGACCGGGCAUCUGAGCAGGCUGUGAAACUCUUUCUGAAACAGGUCGAGGUUCGUGUGGUGCAGCGCAGAUACAGACACUCCAUGGUGAAUGAUAUGGUUGUGUGCCAGAUGCACAGCCCCACACCAGCCUUUUUGCCCGCCCUCCGCAACCCAGAAGACAAGCCAACACCCACUUCUAAGGGCCAAUAUGAGCCUGACAAAAGGAAGCACUGGACAGAAUUCGUGGUCAUGGACAAUGCUCAUGACGCCAUCUGCAUACUCAACAAUUCUGCGGCUUUUAAUCGCAUGCAAAUCGAUUAUAAAUUUGACCCACUCCCCAACAGCAGCUUUUGGCUGUGCAGUGUGUUCCUGCAGGAUGAGCUGGUUGCACAGGCAACAGGCUCAAAAAAGAACUCGAAGCACGCAGCAGCUGAAGAGGCAGUCAAGAAACUUCGCAUGAAUCAGGCACAACAACAACAAUCACACAGAGGAAAUAAUUUGGAUUCUGGACGCUUUGGGCAACACGGUGGAAAAAAGAAGCAUCUUAGCGAGCUGGUGAUUCUGGAAACCUCUGACAAUGCCAUCUGUAUUAUUAACGACACAGCUCAGUUUAACAAGGUGACUGCUGACUACAAGUUCACGGUUUUACCUGAUCACCACUGGAAGUGUGAAGUUUACUUGGAAGGACAAUUUGUAGCAGCGGGAAUUGGGCCUAAGAAAUUAGUAAAGCAUAUUGCAGCAAAAGAAGCCUUAGCCACUUUGAGGCAGACACAAGCUGUGGUCAAAUCCAACCUGAGGAAGAAGGGUCAUGAUGACGCCAUUUCUCGCUCCCAGAUCUUAGCUCGGUCUGGUGAGGAGGAGAGGCAGGAGAUAAAGGAGGACAAUAUCGGAAACCAGCUGCUCCGCAAGAUGGGCUGGAAAGGAGGCGGACUGGGCCGUGAUGGAGAAGGAAUAGCAGAACCAAUCAGAGUGAAGGAGCAGUUCUCCAGAGAGGGGUUGGGUAUGGACACGGACAAAACUGGGAACCAGCUCAGCAAGCGAGAUAUUGAGGAUAUCAUUCGUAACUACGCCAGUUCAGACCGGCAGGAUGAUCUCCGCUUCUCCACAGACCUCACCAACGAUGAACGGAAGCAGAUCCACCAGAUAUCUCAGAAGUAUGGCCUGCGGAGCAAGUCCUAUGGACAGGGCCGGCAACGGUUCCUUGUUGUCAGUCGCAAAGUACACAAAGACCAGCUCAUUGGUCAGCUUUUACAGGAAGGACAGGUGGGACGAUAUGAGCUUGUGAAACCUCAGGCCUCUCACUAG